CAAGCCCCAUUCAGUAUUCCGGUAUAAACAACAACAAAAACCACUAAACCGCACCACACAGAACGAUGUCCAACUUACGCGAUAUUUCAUCGAAAAAAUCAUCCCGCCCUACCAUCAAUGUGGCCAUCCACCCCAGCUCAGGCACACCAGCCACCGGUUCGGGUGGUUCCGCGGACGGUGCCGACCACAAAUCCAUCUUCUUCAACGAAAUUUCCCAAAUAAUGCGCGGCUACGGUGAUUGUGAGAAACCGCUGCGGGAAUCGGUCCUGCUGGUGGAAAAGAUUGUGCUACAGCAGCUGCGCGGCAUCAUGCAGGAAGCGAUCGAUCACGCUAUGUCACGGCCAAACUCACCCACCCUAUCGAGACGUGAUUUUGAGUACAUUAUGCGCAAGAAUCAGAUUCGUGUAGCACGGCUGCAAAAAUACUUUCGCGAUAUGGCACUGAUGAAAAAGCGUCUGAAGGAUCUCUGCGGCGGGCGCUAUCCGCACCUGAAUCUCAGCGCCUGUUCCGAAACGUCGGACGAUGAUUCCGAUCGGGAAGCGCCGGAAAAGUAUGACGAGGAAAAGGUACGCCGCCUGUUCCGUGCGGACCGUAUUUCACAGAUCCUUACCGGUAAGCAGUACGACGAUUAUAUUGCGGCUCGCCGGGCGUCUUUCAUGCAUCGGAACACGGAAGUGAUGAAGAGCAAGAUGCGGCUGUGGUUAAACAUUCCGGAGGACGUAAAUAUAACGCCGAGCUGUCUGCUCACGUUGGCCUAUCUGGCGCACGAAACGAUCGCGGUGCUGGUGGACUUUUGCAUUCUUACCCGGCUGAACAGUUCCAAUCGAAGCGUUGAUCCGUACAGCAGGGUUACUCCUUCCGGCAAAUCUUACAACAUGCUUCACACCUGCCCGGAAGUUUAUCAAGGCCGUGGGCUGGAUGGCGUAAAGCCGAUCACACCGCAAGAAAUCACCGAAGCGAUGCGUCGACAUCGUCAGAUGGCGAUGCGAAGUUCGGGUCGCUAUAGAAACGCGCUCAAUUUUAAACCACCCUACCUAGCAAUGUAAACAUGCCACACUGAACACCUUUUUUAUAACGAAUUAAAUUACAAAUAAGUUUAUUACUGUUUAAAUAAAAAGACAAAGUUAUUCCCCAUCCA